ACUACAUGUAAGUCAAUUUAACAAAAAGAUGAACAGGACUCUGGAAAAGUCUUAUACCUGGUAAGUUAGUGUAGACAGAACAACACUGAUCACAGAACCUAUGGUAUCAGUUCAGAAAUAAAAGAGAGCAAGUAAAUUGGAAAGCUAAUGGGUAGGUUGCCGAGUACCACUAAGAGGAAUGGGACUUAAAAGCUUUCUCGAGUCCAACUGAGGCUUAAAAUACUAAUUGGGAAAUGGCCAUUUUCUUACAGGAUUCUCUUUAAAAGUGAGAAAAAAGGUAGAACCGAUCGUGAUGAGGAAGGAGGCAAAGUUACAUCCUUAUGCUGAACCCCAUGACGGAGGAUGGGGAUGGAUGAUAGUGUUUCAUUUCUUCCUGGUAAAUAUGCUUCUAAUGGGACUGACCAAGAACUUUGCAAUUUUCUUCGUGGUUUUUCAAGAAGAAUUUGGUGGCACUUCAGAGCAGAUUGGCUGGAUCGGAUCCUUAAUGUCAUCAUUACGCUUCAUUGCAGCUCCACUGGGUGCCAUAUUAUGUGAAAAAGUAGGAGAGAAGUUUACUUCCAUUCUUGGUGCUCUCCUUAUUUCCACUGGAUAUUUGAUCAGCAGCUUGGCCACAAGCAUCUCCUUCCUCUGUCUAUCUAUGGGACUUCUCCCAGGUUUGGGCUCUGCUCUCUUAUAUCUUGCAGCUCCUCUGAUGCUUGCUAAAUAUUUCAAAAAACGACUAGCUCUUUCAACUGCCAUUGCCCGCUCAGGGAUGGGGCUAACAUUUCUGUUGGCCCCUCUAACAAAAAUUCUGAUCGACGAAUAUGAUUGGCCAGGUACCCUUCUAAUAUUCGGAGCAAUCUCAUUAAAUUUGGUACCCUCUAGUAUGCUCUUACGGCCCAUCAACAACAAAAGGGAAGGCAGACCGAGUAUGAGAAGGCCAGAUGCGGUCAGCCCACUGGAAGCUCCAUCCAGCAAUGACGGACGGCGGCCUCCCACUGAAAACUGCUUAGUCAGUGAGGAUGAAGAGACUGUUCAAAGUGUAGCAAUCUCAAGAUGCCCAGACGACGAGGAGGUCUUUAGCAACGAGCCUCAAUGCUAUGAUAAAAAUGCUGUCUCGGGGACCCACAAGCCGCUUGUUGAUUUCUCCUCAUUUAAGAACCCUUUAUUUUACCUAUUCACCUGGUGUUUCCUAUUUGGCCAGUUAGCAUAUUUCGUCCCUACUUUCCAUCUGGUAGCCAGAGCUAAAACUCUGGGGAUUGACACCCUGGAUGCCUCUUAUUUAAUUGCAGUGGCUGGUAUCACAGAGACAGUCAUGCAGCCACUGUCUGGAUGGGCUGCUGACCAAAACUGGAUCAAGAGAUACAACUACUACAAAUCUUACCUCAUCCUCUGUGGCAUCACUAACCUGCUUGGUCCUUUAGCCACCACAUUUCCUCUCCUCAUGACUUAUUCCAUCUUCUUUGCCAUGUUCUGUGGCUGUUAUAUGGCAGUGGUGUUCCCUGUAAUGGUUGAUUUUGCUGGGAAUUAUUCACUAAACAGUUUUUUGGGAUUUUCCGCCUUUUUUGCUGGACUGGCUGUUCUUGCUGGACCACCCAUAGCAGGUUGGCUCUAUGACUACACCCAGACCUACAUCUACUCCUUCUUCUUCUCCGGGACGUGCUUUCUGCUUUCGACGGCUUCUCUGUUCCUUGUGCCCCUGGCCAUGACAUGGGUAAAGGGACGAGCUUCGCAGGAGGCGACAGCUCCGGCUUAACAGGAUUCACACGAAAGCCCGGAGAAACCCCGAGAUCCUGGAAUGGUGUUGGGGAAGGGUGAUCUCUAUUUAGACAACAAAGCAGGGGAACUAAAUUUUCAGUGACGGUGCCAGUUCAGGUGCAGCUGUUUAAUCCGACCCGUGUCCGUGUGGAUUAUUUUAUCACCACAAGACGGCUCCAAAAUCAAUCGUCCUGAAGUUCAAAUAAAGGGUCAAUUGGAUCUACACAGAACUAGCCAAACACA